CUCGCCUUGCGCCCGCGAAAAUUUGAAUGAAAUUGAAAAAUUGUUGCACAUCUUACGAAUCAGAAAUUGAAUAUUGUUAUUUGUUUGAGCUUUUCCAUUAAAAUGGAGAGAUAUAUUGUGAGAGAACCUAGAGUAGCUGAUUAUAAAACAAAUUCGCUAAGUGCAAACCAAAUGAUUACUAGCACAGAAGGAAAUAAUGAAAGAAACGAUAAUGGCAUGUUUAUAGAACGGCCUCUUCGUCGAUCAAAUUUUGCACAUAGCGUACCAUUGUAUGUGCCAUAUCCUCCAGCAAAUAAACAAGAUUUUGGCAUUGUACACAUUGAUUCACCUGGUUAUAUGGUUAAUUGUCUUCCUUCGGGUCAAAGGCCUAUGUUAUCCGGAAUCGAUCCCAGGUAUCUUGCUGCAUAUGCAGACCCUAAUGCGAAUUAUAUAGCUACUGGUCAGAUUCAAAGGGAGAUAGCCCAUAUGUCCCCUAAUACGGCUUUACACGGCGAUUACCAAAACCAAAUGCCUGCGGAAAGGAACUUGGUUCAAACGUUUACAGCCGCAGAAUCAACAAUUAUUUUGGACCCACCGAAGCCCUUUAAUACUCACAACAAUACACAGGCUCAUUGGCAAGCAGUGAACUCUAAGGGAUCUCAAGCACCAACGUCAAAUAUAAUGCAACCACCGAUACAAUAUCCUAAAGAAAAUAAUAACUCCCAAAACAAUUGCCAAUCAGUAAACACCACACCAACAAAGAAAAUAGAGGCUCCGGAUGCGCACAGAUCCGAAUUUCAGAAUCAGAUUAUGAGUCGCGCGGAUAAACUUAAGGCACUUCACAGGAGUGGCGCAAGAGUAUUUUCCGGACCAGUCGAGAAGGUCCUCAAAUGGCAUAAAGCACUUCAGGAUAUUGGCGUUUAUGCACUCUAUGAGAUUGUUGCUAAAUGUGUAAGUAUUCGGCCCGGGGAGCCCUGUGCCAAGAACCUGGUGGUAAGGGACGAGAGCGGGCCGGCUAUGCAAAUUGUUUAUUACGAAGUGGACUUUCUACUGCCCGAGCUCAAACCUCCAUGUACUGUCAGAAUUAUAGGAAGAAUGAUGGCCGGUACAUCUAGAUUCCAAGCGUUUAACGUGCGGUCGGCGACAGGCGACGACGUGGCGACACUGCCUCGUCGUGCCGCCGUCGCCGCCCAUCACGUCGCUAAAAUCUGCAAGGAAUAUGCUGUUUGAACUUUUGAAAUUGAAAUGUUUAUUUGCGUCACAAAUUUAAUUUUCAUCAAAUACGUUUUCAAUUAAAAAUGAAGAAAGAAUUUUUUAUUAUAAUCCUCAGUGCUGGACAACGCACAAUGUAUUUUUUUUAUAUUUGGGGUGGAUAAGUGUCUAUAUUAUUAUUUGUUAGUUUUCGUAGAUUACUUUUGUACUAGGAGUUGUAGUAAAGUUUGUA